AUGGCCGUGGGGGUUCUUGCUUUACAGGGGUCAUUCAACGAACACAUAGCAGCGUUGAGAAAGCUGGGAGUGAAAGGGGUUGAGAUAAGGAAGCCAGAGCAGCUGCAGAUUGUUAGCGCCCUCAUUAUUCCAGGAGGCGAGAGCACUACCAUGGCGAAGCUUGCCGAGUACCAUAACCUUUUUCCUGCUUUACGCGAGUUUGUCAAAACGGGGAAACCGGUUUGGGGUACAUGUGCAGGUCUUAUUUUCUUGGCUAACAAGGCCACAGGGCAGAAAACUGGAGGGCAGGAACUAAUUGGGGGCCUUGACUGUAUGGUUCAUCGAAACUUCUUUGGCAGUCAGCUUCAAAGCUUUGAGGCGGAGCUUUUGAUUCCCAAAAUUGCGGCUGAAGAAGGAGGUCCUCCAAGUUUUCGUGGGGUUUUUAUUCGCGCUCCAGGGAUCCUUGAAGUAGGUCCAGAAGUAGAAGUUUUGGCAGAUAUUCCCACUCUAUCGGAAAAAGAUGUUCACUCUGGUCCUUCUGUUGAAAGCCAAGAGGAGAACGCCAGAUCUGAGAAUAAAGUUAUUGUUGCGGUAAAGCAGGGAAACUUGCUAGCAACUGCUUUUCACCCUGAAUUGACUGCUGACACUAGAUGGCAUAGUUAUUUCUUAAAGAUGACAAGUGAAAUAAGCAACAAUGCUUCAAGUAGCAGUAUCUCCCAGUCGACUGAGGAUCUACACUUGCCAAAGCCGCCAAUAUUUGACCUUCCUAUAUACCAACAACAGUGA